AUCGCACCCAAGUGGCCGCUCUUUGGGCCUUUUCGCAUGUCUACCGCAUCUGCACGGCGGUUUACGGUACUCCAUCGACGAUUCCAUGGCAGAGAAUUUGCAUCCCUCGCUAUGCGUCUCUAUUCGAUCGGUGGGGCUAGAAACAAUGACCAUCGAGGGGCUAUAUUUCGACCACUUAUGGUCCAUAUGGCAGUACCAGGGGUAUUAUAUGUACGCUGUUUACUCCCCUCAGUUCAGCACUCGGCAAGAGGCCUAACGACAGGCUUCACUUUUCAAUUGCCGUCAGACGCUUAUGAAUAUGCGGAGCUCUGUAAACCCUCGCCUAAACCUCGAUUCGUCCAAAUUCACGGAUCAUCAUCCCUUUAUUUAUUUCCUGCACAUGGCCAUUGUAACCUCGCCAAUUGUUCUGCUUCUUCCAUUUCUCGACAGAACAAAUGACCAGCAAGUAUCACUAUUACUCCAGGAGAUGUUUCGAUCCGCAUUCAUCAUGACCGAUAUUCUCUUUCAGUAUCGGAAAACCAAUCAACUUGUCAAAUGCCCUGCGAUGAUUGUAUACUAUGUCGUCCGCUCCUCGGUAUUUUUGAUCUCGCUUGCCACUUCUACUGAUCCAACCCUUGAGCGGCGUGCCGCCCGUCGCCUAAAAAUAUCCCUCGGGAGCCUCGAAGAAAUGCAGCAGACUUGGCAGCAACAAGCCAGUCAUGCCAUAUAUUUCCUUCAAGGCCUGGCUACCCGAUGGGGUGUACUUAAAGCACUACCUUUGCGAUGGAGUUAUUCCCCUGAUUUUCAACUAUCGUUGCAGAAGCACCAUGAGUCACUAUAAAACCCCCUGGAGAUCGACAAAGCCAGUUUUGAUGAAUCGUCAUUGAGUUUCAAUUUUACGAACGUCGACUUUGAGACAAUGCAGUCUGCCAU